GGUUCCCACAAGGGCAGCGUUCCUCACCCUCCCGCUGCGCGUUAUUUGCCCAUGAUUGUUGCCCGGAUUGCGGCCGACAAGACUUGUCACGUAUCUCGCCAUUCGUGACGUGUGAGUGAGUGCGCUGAAUGAUGGCUGAAAAGGAGGCAAGGGUCGGCAUCGGGGGUUCCAGGGCGGAUAAUAUCAACAACGAGGAACCACCGACGAAGGACAGUGGCUUGCGGAAUAAAGCUGAGCGCUUGCAUGAAUUUAAUGAGGCAGAGGGGUACAUCAUCGAUAUCAACGCGGAUGAUACGACCAAAACAUUGGGGAUUAAGCUUGCCGGGGAUGGGCAUACUGUCCUGAUUCCGCAGCCGAGCGACGACAAACACGACCCGCUGAACUGGAGCUGGGCGAAGAAGCACUUGAUCCUCUUUGUCGUCUCAUUCGUUUCCUUUCUCCCUGAUUAUGGGAGUGCGACGGGUGCGGUGACUCUGAUACCACAAGCCGAGGAGUGGCACACGACACCGGAUUAUGUCAACCAUUCGCAGGCUGGAAAUGUGUUCAUGUUGGGUGCAGGUGGCGUCAUUGUCGUGAUGCUGAGCGCCUAUUUUGGCCGCCUCCCCGUUGUCUUUUGGUUCCUCAUCGUGUCUACGGCAACAGCAGCUUGGUGCGCCGGGGCCACCGCUUUCGAGUCGUUCAUGGCGGCUCGCAUCCUCAAUGGCUUCUUCUCGACUGUCAGCCAGGCAGGUGGACUCAUGUUCCUCAAAGACAUCUUCUUCUUCCACGAGCAGGCGCGCAAAAUUAACAUCUGGGCCUCGUUUAUCGUCAUCAGCCCGUACAUGGGCCCUCUGUUGGCCGCUUUCAUCACGGAGACACAGCGUUGGCCGGUGCCGUUUUGGGUCUUCUUUGCGAUGAACGUUCUUGGCCUGGGGCUGGUGAUCUGUUUUCUCCAGGAGACAUACUACGACCGCACCAUUCUAGCCGUCGAGCAGCCAGAACGGGGCAGCCGGAUUGCGCGGUUGACGGGAGUAGCGCAGUGGAAGUCGCGCCACCUUCGCAACACCUUUCGGCAAGCGUGCUGGCGCACAGUCAGUGUGUUAUUAAAGCCAACAGUGGCUAUAUCAUGUCUUUUCUACGCGCUGACGUUUGCCUGGGCCGUUGGAAUCAACACGACGCUCGCCAUGUUCGUGACGCCACUAUACGGCUUCGCCCCGAGACAAGUCGGCUUCUUCUACUUCACCCCGGUGGUGGCCGUAGUCCUAGGCGAGGGGGUAGGACAUUGGAUGCACGAUGCACUGGCGAAACGUUACAUCCGGCAUCACAAGGGCCACUUUGAGCCCGAAGCUCGACUGCGCAUAGUGUUUUUCUCGAUGCCGUUCGUCAUUGUCGGCUUGGUACUCAUCGGGCAGUGCUUCGAGAAUGCAUGGCACUACAUGGUGACGAGUGUCUGCUGGGGCAUGUAUGUUUUCGGUAUGAUGAUCACAACGGUGGCGCUCAACAGUUACUGCCUCGACAGCUACCCGGAGGCGUCGGGAGAGGUAUCGGCGUGGUUGAACAUGGCGCGGACCGUGGGUGGCUUCAUCGUCAGCUACUUCCAGGUUACGUGGGCUGAAGCGCAGGGCACCAAGUUGAGCUUCGGAAUCCAGGCAGCUGUGUGCGUGGCUGCGUUUUUGUUCAUCAUCGUCCUGCUUCGGUGGGGGAAAACGAUGCGGGUGUGGUCCGGUCCGUUGAAUUUUGCAACCACCUGAGGGGCCCAUGGGGUGGGUGGUGGGGAAGAUCUGGUGUUAAUUGAAGCGAAGCUUCAGGUUCAAUUGAUGAGUCUCUGAGAUGUAC